CCAUUCAAGCUGAUGAACUUCCGCAGUCGCGCUGUCAACACAGUGUAUGAACACAAGGCUGAUCUGCUCACGUGUUGUGAGACCAUUCGGAAUAGCGCUGAAUUUGACGGCCCGACAAAGAGAGAGGCUGGCGGCUACGUGAGAAUGCUGGAGGAUGAUGCUUUUUGUUUUUUCCUGGCCCUCUUCCACCAAAUAAUGCCACACGUGGACAUGCUGUACAACCAGCUGCAGAAAAGAAACAUUGAUUCUGUCUACAUAUCAGAAAUCAUCCAGAGAUUCAUUGAGAGCAUGCAAGCCAUCAGGGAAGCUGUUCCCUCUCUAGCUGAGGGCCAGGAGGACAGGAGACCUGAACACGAGCCGCCCACGAAAAAACGGAGAACAUUGGGACAAGACCGGCAGCACCAUUUGGCAACUGAGGUUUGUGACACCAUUAUGUGUCAUGCCAAGGAGAGGUUCUCCUUCACCAAGCACCUGGUCAGCGCCACUCUGCUCCAAGGAGACUUGUUCCCACAACACAGCCAGACGUUCCCAGAUACAGCACUGGAUACCACAGUGGAAGCCUAUCCCUCUCUGGACAAGGCCAGACUGAAAACCGAGCUUUCCAUGAUCUACGGCAAUGAGGAGUUCCGGAGUUGCAGUGGUGCACUGGCUCUCUAUCAAGUUCUGAUGGAGAAUAAUCUUCAGGACACAUUUACAGAAACUGUAAGUCUUCUCAGCAUCCUCAUCACUACACCGAUGACGACAUCAGAGUCAGAGAGAUGCUUCUCCACUCUGAAGAGGAUAAAAACUUUUCUCAGGAAUGCUAUGGGACAAGAUCGCCUCAAUGCUCUGGCAAUGCUCUCCAUAGAGAAAAAACUAACCCGGGACAUCCCUGAUUUCAACACCAGAGUCAUUGAAAAAUUUGCAACCCAGAAAGACAGAAGAGCAAAGUUCCUGUACAAAUAAGAACUGGCAUGCUAACCCCUUCAAUCAGCAUAUUUCACUCAGUUUAUAAACACAAACACACUCCUCUUUCAGUCACUCACUCACUCACUCACUCACUCAUACACUCUGUUCAUUUUUUUCUAUUCAUCUGAUCACACCCUGUAAUUGUUGUUGAUUAUUGUAUUUGAUACCUUCUUUUUUUUUAAGAAUUAUUGGAGUUGAAUAUUGUUCACUUUAUCAAUGAAACUGGUUAUUUUGAGAAGGAAAUUAAAUUGUUAAAUUGUA